GGGACUCAUGUGUGACUUCCUGAAUAAACCCAAUAUGCUUUAUCUAGUUUUCUCCACUAUUCCAUGAUUUUCUCGUCUCUAUCUCUCGCGUUCUUUUUCAAAGCUUCAGAAUUUCCGUUCUGGUUAUUGAUUAAGGGCGCAUGGAAUCACCCGUUGGUGGUUCAAGACUCACAUCUGUGGUUGUUGCAACCCUGGAUAGUGGUGAAGUUUACAUUAUUGCCAGCUUGUCUUCUAGAACUGAUACUCAAGUGAUAUAUGUUGACCCAACAACAGGGUUGCUUCGAUUCAGUGGGAAGUUAGGUUUUGAUGUCUUUAAAUCUGAAGAUGAAGCUUUAAAUUACAUUACAAAUGGAUCACGAUGGCUUUGCAAGAGUACUACAAAUGCGAAGGCGAUAUUAGGAUAUGCUGCCUUAGGAAGCUUUGGGCUGCUUCUUGUAGCUACAAAGUUGACUGCCAGCAUUCCAAAUUUGCCUGGUGGAGGAUCUGUGUAUACAGUAACAGAGAGCCAAUGGAUCAAAAUAUCUCUUCAAAAUCCUCAGCAGCAGGGUAAAGGGGAGGUGAAAAGUGUUCUAGAGUUAACCGAGCUUGACAUUGAUGGGAAGCACUACUUCUGCGAGACAAGAGAUAUCACUCGACCUUUUCCAAGUCGUAUGCCCUUGGAAAAUCCCGAUGAUGAAUUUGUUUGGAACGGAUGGUUUUCAAUGCCUUUCAAAAACAUCGGGCUUCCACAGCACUGUGUCACACUCCUGCAGGGCUUUGCAGAAUGUCGAAUUUUUGGAAGCUCAGGGCAGUCAGAAGGGAUUGUUGCUCUAACAGCUCGCCGUAGUAGACUGCAUCCUGGUACUCGAUACUUGGCGAGGGGGAUAAAUUCAUGUUUUAGCACAGGAAAUGAAGUGGAAUGUGAGCAACUUGUAUGGGUGCCAAAGAUGACUAGUCAGAGUGUUCCUUUCAAUACAUACAUUUGGAGACGAGGGACAAUUCCAAUUUGGUGGGGUGCAGAAUUGAAGAUGACUUCUGCAGAAGCAGAGAUUUAUGUUUCAGAUCGGGAACCUUAUAAAGGAAGUUCACAGUACUAUCAGAGGUUGAGUAAACGAUAUGAUGCUCGCAGUUCUGAUAUAGCUGUUGGGGAAGGUCAGAAGAAAAAACCUUUUGUUCCAAUUGCAUGCAUCAACUUGCUUAGGAAUGGAGCAGGAAAGUCAGAAGCUCUUCUAGUUCAUCAUUUUGAGAAAUCUUUAAGCUAUAUAAAAUCAACUGGAAAACUUCCCUAUACGCGAAUACAUCUUAUAAAUUAUGAUUGGCAUGCCAGUGUAAAACUAAAUGGUGAACAACAAACAAUUGAAGGACUGUGGAAACUUCUCAAAGCACCCACUGUGGCUGGUGGCAUUUCUGAAGGGGAUUAUUUACCUUCACGACAAAGACUUAAUGAUUGCAGGGGUGAAAUCAUCUAUACUGAUGAUUUUGCAGGUGCCUUCUGCUUAAGAUCACAUCAAAAUGGAGUCCUCCGUUUUAACUGUGCAGAUUCCUUGGAUAGAACCAAUGCUGCUAGUUAUUUUGGCGCUCUACAAUGUUUUGUGGAGCAAUGCAGGAGGUUGGCCAUAUCACUUGAUAGUGAUUCGACAUAUGGUUAUCAGUCAGUCAAUAACUAUGGCGGAUAUACAGCUCCUUUGCCACCAGGCUGGGAGAAACGAUCUGAUGCAGUCACAGGGAAAACAUAUUAUAUUGAUCACAACACUAGAACUACAACAUGGAAGCAUCCAUGUCCAGAUAAACCUUGGAAGAGAUUUGACAUGUCAUUUGAGGAGUUUAAGAGUUCAACAAUUUUAUCUCCUCUAUCUCAGCUAGCAAAUCUUUUCCUUCUUGCUGGUGAUAUCCAUGCAACACUUUAUACGGGUUCUAAAGCUAUGCACAGUCAAAUUCUUAGCAUAUUCAAUGAAGAAGCAGGAGGAAAAUUUAAACAGUUUUCUGUAGCUCAGAAUUUUCAAAUCACUUUACAGAGAAGAUAUAAAAAUGUACUUGUAGAUAGCUCUCGUCAGAAGCAGUUGGAGAUGUUUCUUGGAUUGAGACUUUUCAAGCAUCUUCCAUCAGUUCCAGUUCAACCUCUAAAUGUUCCUUCUCGACCUUCUGGUUUCUUUCUUAAGCCAGUCCCCAACAUCACUCCAAGUUCCAAUGGUGGGUCCAGUCUUCUGAGUUUCAAGAGAAAAGACUUGAUAUGGGUUUGCCCACAAGGUGCUGAUGUGGUUGAACUUUUUAUCUAUCUUGGUGAGCCUUGCCAUGUCUGUCAGCUUCUUCUAACAGUAUCUCAUGGGGCAGAUGAUUCCACUUACCCAUCAACUGUUGAUGUGAGGACGGGACGCUACCUAGAUGGGCUUAAACUAGUUGUGGAGGGUGCUUCCAUACCUCAGUGUGUAAAGGGGACAAACCUUUUGAUACCCUUGCCAGGACCAAUUAAUGCUGAGGAUAUGGCUGUUACUGGAGCUGGUGCACGCCUUCACGCCCAUAAUACAUCAACCUUGCCAUUUUUGUAUGAGUUUGAAGAACCAGAGGGAGAGCUGGACUUCCUAACUCGUAUAGUGGCAAUUACAUUUUAUCCUGCUGUUUCUGGAAGGAGUCCUCUGACUCUUGGCGAGGUAGAGAUCCUUGGAGUUUCUCUUCCAUGGAGAGGAGUUUUCAGCAAUGAAGGCCCUGGUGCAAGAAUAACUGAACUUGCCAAAAAAACUCAUGAGGAAUCCAACCUAUUUGUGUCCAGUACCGAAACCAAUCCAUUUUCCAGCGCUUCUCUAUCCAAUGAUAUAACCCCAUCAAUUCAAAAAAGUGAUUCUGCAAACUGGCUUGAUCUUUUGACUGGAGAUAACAUGUUUUCUGAUGCUCUUUCUCAACCAGUGAUGCAGUACGAUGUACAUGAGGGGAGUGACAACAUGUUUUCUCAUCCUCUUUCUCAACCAGUAACCCAAAACAAUCUACAUGAGGAAAAUGACUUGCUUGGUUUUUUGGACCAAGCUGUAACUGAACAUCGCAGUACUGUAGCUGAUGAUAAGCUCUCUUCAUCACAAGAUAGCAGUGCCCAGAAGUACAUCAACUGUCUAAAAUUAUUUGCAGGGCCACAAAUGGGAAAAAAAUUGAACUUUGUGGAAGCUAUGAGGCUUGAAAUUGAAAGACUCCGGCUUAAUCUUUCUGCUGCUGAAAGGGAUAGAGCUUUGCUGCCAUUUGGAAUUGAUCCUGCUAUGAUAAAUCCAAAUGUUUUGAUGGAUGAAUCAUAUGUGGAUAGGUUGUGUAAAGUUUCAAACACCCUUGCUUUGCUUGGACAAGCUUCUCUGGAAGACAAACUUAAUGCUUCUAUUGGUCUUGGGACUGUUGACAGUAAUGUGGUAGAUUUCUGGAAUGUUAAUGGAAUUGGGGACCACUGUUCUGGGCGCAUGUGUGAGGUGCGUGCUGAAACAACAGCACCUGCACCUGCACCCUCUGCAGUUUCUUCUGUGGGAGCUUCAAAAUCUAUCUUGUCGUGUUCUGAGUGCAAAAGAAAUGUUUGUAAAGUUUGCUGUGCUGGGAGAGGAGCUCUUUUGCUCAAUAACUCAGGGGAGGUUGACAGCUCCACUAAUCGUUCUGUAACACUGGAUAGUGUUGUUUGUAAACAAUGUUGCAGUGAUAUAGUACUCCAUGCUUUGAUAUUAGACUAUGUAAGGGUUCUGAUUAGCUUGCGAAGAAGAGACCGUUCCGAUAGGGCUGCAUGUAAGGCUUUGGACCAGGUUGUAGGGUCUUCCUUGAGGGACUUUGUUCCUGAAAAAAGUCAGUCUUCUAAUCGUCAGCAAACUGUUAGGAUCCUACACCAUUUGCUUUCUGGGCUGGAAUCACUUGCUGAAUUUCCAUUUGCUAGUUUCUUACACUCGGUUGAAACAGCAAAAGAUUCAGCACCAUUUUUGUCAUUACUUUCUCCAUUGAGUUCUGGAUCACGGCAGUUAUACUGGAAAGCUCCUCCAACUGUCACCUCUGUUGAUUUUGUUAUUGUUCUUGGCACCCUCUCUGAUGUCAGUGGAGUUAUCUUGCUUGUUAGUCCCUGUGGCUAUUCUGUAACUGACGCUCCCACAGUUCAAAUCUGGGCCAGCAAUAAAAUACAGAAGGAAGAAAGGUCAAGCAUGGGAAAAUGGGACGUCCAGUCCUUGGCCACCUCUUCCUCGGAAAUUUAUGGACCAGAAAUGUUAGGUGCAGAGGAUAAAGUACCUAGGCAUGUGAAAUUUACCUUUAAGAAUCCUGUUAGAUGUCGAAUCAUUUGGAUAACACUGCGACUUCAGCGACCUGGAUCAAGUUCUGUUAAUUUUGAGAAAGACUUCAAUCUUUUGUCCCUUGAUGAAAACCCAUUUGCACAAGCAAAUCGACGUGCCUCUUUUGGUGGAGCAGUUGAAAAUGAUCCAUGUCUUCAUGCCCGAAGAAUUCUAGUGGCAGGAACUCCAGUAAAAAACGAGACGGGGCUUACAUCGCAAAGCCCUGAUCAGAUGAAUUUCAAUAGCUGGCUUGAUAGGGCUCCACAACUGAGUAGAUUCAAGGUUCCAAUUGAGGUCGAGAGACUCUUUGACAAUGAUCUUGUCCUGGAACAGUAUUUGCCUCCUGCUUCUCCUUUGCUUGCUGGAUUUCGCCUAGAUGCUUUCAGUGCAAUUAAGCCUCGAGUUAGCCAUUCUCCAUAUUCAGAUAUUGAUAUAUGGGAUACAUCAGUCACAUUUUUAGAAGACAGACACAUCUCUCCUGCUGUGCUGUAUUUACAAGUAUCUGCACUCCAGGAACCAAACAACAUGGUUAUUAUUGGUGAAUACCGACUACCAGAAGCCAAGGCUGGAACUGCAAUGUACUUUGAUUUUCCCAGACAAAUACAAACCCGUAUGGUUUCGAUCAAACUUUUAGGGGAUGUUACAGCAUUCACAGACGACCCAGCAGAAGUGGACGACUCCAGUACAAGAACUUCACUGGCAGCAGGGUUGUCUCUGGCGAACAGAAUUAAGUUAUAUUACUUUGCUGAUCCUUAUGAACUUGGGAAAUGGGCUAGCCUUUCUGCAAUUUGAAUAAUCAUUCAUGCACGAGGAGAAGGUUUGAGAAUUGAUGGUGGUUGUUUUUUGGUUGCUAUUUAAUUUUUACCAUUUUUGUUUGUUGUAUAUUAGGAAAAUGUAAUAGUGGUGAUAUAUUCAUUGAUGCAAUAAUAUAAUUGGUUCUUGGGAAUCAUAA